AACAACAAGGAUAAACAGUAGUAGUCCUCAAAACAAACUACAUAACCUUCAAAUUAACCACACAGGCCUAGGAGAUGCUUGAAGCCAGCCUACUGGGCCCUGCCUCAUCUCCGGGGCAGCUUUUAUCCUCUCGAAGUUUCGCGGGCCCAAGCUGCGAUCUUCUCCGAAGCUCUUUCCCAGUCAUCUUUCCUGCACACGAUACUUACGAUGCCAACGAACAAAGUCAAAACGAAAAGCCAAAAGGUCGUAUAAUUGCUGCCAUAGGAAAAGAAUCUGGCCGAAGUGAUGAAUGGGGGGAAGAAGAACUGGUAUGGUACGAUAAGACAGUGGUCUGGAGUCGAGGCGUCGAACUUUUUAGGCGGUUUACUUUUGAGCACGAAAGCGAGGUUGUUGCCUAUGCGUGUUUCGCAUGGUUCAAAUCUGAAGGAGGACAAAAUAGUUUAAGCAAACACAACAAUGUGCUAGCCCGGAGUUCUGCUGCUUCGGAGACCUUCGGGCCAUUUCAUCGUUCGCAGCACAUGGCCUGGGGAGGCCCUCGCUCUUCUUCUCAACCCCAGUCGCAACAACCUCAGUUGGAACGCACAUUGGUCAUUUUCCUACAGACACGUGCACAUGUCUAUUACCAGUCUGGCGAGGACAUUACCGUCUAUUUACCUUUCAAUGUGGACUGUGCAUGGGGCCUGCCUGACGGUGGGGUCCUUAUCCAACGUGAGUUGGAAAAGCGCGAGUUGAGGAUGAUGAACAAAGACAAGAGGAAGGCUGGGAGCGUCUUGAGAGGCAUGGAUGAUCAGAGUUCUAUGUCUGUGUUGGAUGAUUUAAUAGAUCUGGAAGACGAAUCUGGGCCGUCCUUGCCUCGACUCUACAUCUUAGAAAAUCCUUUCGACGAGCUUAAGGUGGCUGUCCAGGGGCAAGUCGAAGGUGGUUAUGGGUCCAAACCUUUCCUAUCAUCGCCAGCACAACCUCUGGGUGCAACUUCGUCCGUUCUAUACGUGUCAUCGGAGCCCUAUCCCUUCGUCAUUACAUACAAUCAAGAAUCGGGCGAGUUUGUGAUAUAUCGGCAUGUUCGCAUCCACGCGGCCCCUGAGCAUCCCCUUUCUACGCCUGAUCCCAGGACUAUGCGGCCCGAAGAGCUUCUUAGGCAGCCUGACAACCAUCAGUUACCUGUACAGCCCCGUCAUCGUCGGCCUUCUCUGCAUCGCAACACUUCAUCGUUUGGACCUACAGCUGGCGACCGAAGAUUGUCAAGCGCUGCUGACCCGCUGGAUCGUACACAACGACGUGCACCGCGUCUGUCACGUGGUCCAUUACCCGAUACAGCAUCUACCGAUGAACUACAGGCUGUCCUCGAACCCCCUUCCAACAUUCCUGCCAAUAGUGUCGGUCAUCGGCGAAGUCGAGGCGUGUCUUUGAUGCCUACGAUGACUCCCAGGCCAUCCUUCCCUGAAAACAAAAGACGCGCCUCGACAGCAGCGUCAUUCAUUCUUCAUGACUUAAACGCACCUCAAGCUAAAAUGGCGCUUCACGUAGCAGCAGAGAAAGACCUUAGAGAAACGACCAUGAUGAUGGGCUUAGAAAGAGAUGAAGUGGGCAUCCGAAGCGAAGUGGUGUUUCAUGCGCUUGCGACCUGGAAGCAGCCAUUUACGGUAGAUUUAAAGCAAAUCAAUGUCUUUUUGAGUGACAACGAGGAUCCACGCCAUGUUGUUAUUAACAUUCAUAUCACCUCAUUGUCGACACUUCAGAAUACGUCAUCUCAAUUAUGUUCGUUUGACGCAACCUUUCGAACCGGUCAUUCUCAGCGUUGGGUCAUCAAAAGCCUUCCACCCAUACCUUGCCGGUCUGCUAUUCCUAUCCUUUGUAGCCGUGCCCCAGUCUUCACAUCGUCACCUCGACAAAACAUAUACGACACAAUUAUCCUCCCUCUUGGUGAUGGCUCUGACCCGCAGCUGGUGACCAUCGGUAGAAGGCAGUAUCCUUUUUCACUCUCAACCAAACUAUCGAAAAGCUAUCGAUCUUCGCUCAAGCCCAUCAAGUUUGUUGACCCAGUGGGCCCGCGCUUCACCACUGUCUACGCGAACGGAGAAUCUAUGCGAUUCUCUGCCGCUAUAUAUAUCCGCCAUGAACUCACUCAACGCUGCUUGGAAGCUUUAUCCGGCAUUUUGAAUGAAAAUGCCUUCGUUGAGUUCAAAGUCGAGCUACUGUCAGAGCUUCUAGCACUUCCCAGUUGCCAAAGGGAUGAUCCAGAUGCGGUGUGGAAUGUUUUUGAAGAAACCUUGACAUGCAUGUCUGGACUCCAGGUAGAGAGGCGCACUUUUUCUACGAUGGGCCGCAUUGUACAAGACAGUGCAUUGUCUGUAGAUGCCGUUACUAGGCGCCUGGCUGCUCGCCUUAAGUCCAAGGAGGUGCAUUUGUCCUCGCCAUCAGAGUACCAGCAGGCUUCCUUCAAGACUUCUAUCUAUCAAUCGUUGCCCGGCAUCUUACUUUCAUUACACUUAAUAGCUCAAGACUUUCGACUUUCCUUAUCACGUAGAAAGGAUCUAUCUCGAGUAGUGAAGUUGAUCAUCAAAUUUGCUUUACAGAUUGGCAAUAGAGAUUGGGUUGAUUACUGGGAAAGAAUCAUGCCAGUGGAAAUCCCUAAUCACGUGCGAGUCAGAGGGCGAGCACUUGACACCCAUAUUCUUGACCAGUUUGAUACGCCCCCUGAUAUCAUGUUGUCCUUAUCGCGUCACCUCGCAUGCCCAACCAAACGCUUUCCAAUACCUGGCCGCCUUUUCAAAUCUUCAGGUCGUAAUAUCAACAGUGCUCACACUUUUAAGGAGUAUCCGGACGAGUUUGACCUGCUAGAGCCGUGCCCGAGGAUCGCACUCAUAACUUCUAUCUAUAGAGAGCUUGGGCCGUCAAUCGGUUCACGACCACAAAACUUACCACUUCCUCGGCGCGCAAGGAAUGCCCUCAAAGUUAUCAUCUCGAAAGUUCCCAAUGCCGAGUGGUUGCAUGAUCUGCCCUACGGAGUGUCUCUGCCAAUACUAGAAAUUUUGCGGGCAUGUCAGUGUUCACCUGAAGAUGACUGGACGAGGGAGAUGUACAUGCUAAUAGGAAGACCGGAUAUGGCCAUGAAGGCAAUGAAGGACACAUGGUAUGAGGACCUUACGAAGGAUGAUUGGCCAAGUGGCCUUGGACCGGAACGGUUGCCGACCAUUGGUCAGAUCAUGUCACAGCACCAAGCAGGAAAGAUGGACGCAAAAACAAAGAAGAAAGCACCGCUGAUUCUUCCUCAUGUGCGCUUCGGAACAGACAGAAGAUUACAGGAGGUGGAGAGGAUUAUGCAAACUACGAAAUUGAGAAUUGUAUCGUUGUCAGAGCCCAAGGGAGCAAGUGCCGAUGAUGUCGCCCGAUAUCAACAGUCAUUCGUCAAUACGCUCGCCAAUCGCACACUAUCUAUCACUGUUGGCCAAGGCAUGUUUGAAUACGGCACUCGUGUGACUACCAUAACCGAUGUUUGGGAGAUCCCCUUCAUUGAGCUGUCGGUCAAGAUCACGCCGGGGAAUAAUGUUCUCAAAGCAGAGAUUGUUUCAGACAGUGCUGAAUGGCCUUGUUUCCAUAAUGGUGUUGCUGCAGGGCUGUCCAUAUCACCCGACUGCAAGGGUAUCGACAGCUCUUGGAUAGUCUUCAACCGCCCGCAAGCGUUGAAUUCGGAGCAUGGAGGUUUUUUACUGGGUCUAGGUUUGACGGGCCAUCUGCGGUCGUUGUUAACUUAUCAUGCGUUCCCCCUUAUGGAACCCCGGCAUGAUUUCACCUCUGUGGGCCUACUUCUCGGUCUGGCCUCGUCAUAUGCCGGCUCUGGAGACCUUCUCAUCACCAAAAUCCUUUCCCUUCAUACUCAUGCCCUACUCCCUCUUGGAUCUAUGGAACUCAACGCCUCACCCAUCAUUCAGUCCACUGCACUGGUAGGGCUCGGCCUUGUAUAUGUAGGUAGUCGGAACCUUCGUAUGGCAGAAGUUGCUCUGAGCGAAGUUGGUCGGCUGGAUAUGCCCAAUGUCCAAGGUUUUGGAGAACAUCAAGAGUCAUACUCGUUCUCUGCUUCCAUAGCGUACGGGCUGAUCAUGCUUGGGCGUGGUGGAAGUACAACGAGUGAGAUAGACAGAAAAAUGUUGGCUCAACUACGGAGGUGCAUCGUUGGAGACAUAACGUCACUAGACUCGUCCAAAGGAAGAUCAAGUUUUCCUGGUGUGGAUAUCAACAUCACUGCUCCUGGUGCGACGCUGGCGUUGGGCUUAGCGUAUCUUAAAACCAUGCGUAAAGAUGUUGCUGAUCUAUUGGAUAUUCCUCAAACAGCAUUCAGUCUCGACCAGGUCAAACCAGAGUGGUUGCUACUUCGCACUUUUGCGCGAGCUCUUAUAAUGUGGGAUAGCGUUGUUCCGACAAUUGCUUGGGUGGAAGCGCAAAUACCAGCUUUCAUUCUUUUGGCUAUAAAGGACGCCAAGCAGACACGAAGUCCUGAUCUGACAACUGAGCUUGCUUAUCUUAACAUCCUAUCUGGGGCAGGUCUUGCUAUCGGGCUCAAAUACGCUGGUACGGCCACAGAGCUGGCUCAUAACACGAUUAUGUCGCUUUAUGCCACAUUGGCCAAAGCCGUAUCGGGGCAGGGCAUGAACUAUGAGGGUCGCAUAAAACGAACCUCUGCCAGGCAAGGUUUGAAUGUUAUAACGAUAGCGUUGGCUGCUGUCAUGUCUGGAACGGGAGAGUUAGGAGUCUUGAGAAGAUUGAGGGUAAGCCACGGUCAGGAGGGUGCAGGUGUGAAUUACGGGACCCACAUGGCCAUGCACAUGGCUUUGGGACUGCUGUUCCUUGGCAGAGGGCAGUACACCCUUGGAAAUUCAAAUCUAGCAAUCGCUGCUAUGGCCAUCGCUUUCUUCCCUCGCUUCUUGCCGAACCCCUCGGACAACAAAGCCUAUCCACAAGCAUUUCGACAUCUUUGGGCACUUGCAGUUGAAGCAAGAUGUCUCACCGCACGCGAUGUGGAGACACUUGAAACUGUUUAUCUUCCGGUCAAGCUUCGUUUUCGUGAAGGCAGUUCAGUGCGCCAACAAAGCCUUAUAUCUCCAACUCAGCUACCAUCCUUCGAUCGAUUGCUCACCAUCGAAGUCGACUCACCCCGAUAUUGGCCAAUUAGAAUCGAUCUUUCCAAUCCUCGCGAUAUGGAAAAUCUGAUCCGCACAAGGACGAUAUACGUCAAACGUAAAGCCGGAUUUAUUGACUAUAACUCAGAUCCUAAAGGCAACAGGAGCAUAUUUGUGCGAGUGGGCUCGAUGACGGGUAUUGAUCUGCAUUACGAUCUAAUAAGUUCUGGUGCGCCGCCUAGUGUGGCCCAGGAAGAGGUCAGUGAGCUUGUCAGAAUUCACUCGGGCGAUGCUUCCCUGGUGGGAUUGGCGAAUCAUUUUACAGAUGUGUCGGAUGAUUUUGGCAGUGGUAUAGGCACUUUCCUUCGGACUGUCAUCAUCGAAUGCCUUGCACUUGACAAACCCCAUCUCAUCGGUGUGUACCUCGAAAUAUACUUGUCAUUGCGGCGAGAGGCCGCCCGAUCACGAGACCCCGUAUUAUCCUCCAGCGAAAUAUUUGAUGGCAUGGAAGAUAUCGUGCAAUCCGGGCUUAUCAAGAGCUUCUACGAUGAACACUAUGAGAAAAAUUUUGCCCAAGUCAAUGCUGCUGGCGAGAAGCGCUUCGCUCUCGUUCGACAUAGUUUUAUCAAUGCCGCAAGAAGGUCUGUUUUGGAAUCAUCGUCAGAGGAGACUGAGGAGUCACAUAGAGCGAUCGAGUACAUGCUGAAGGGUUUAAGCGCGUGGGAGUCGGAUGCGAGGAAGAUUGCAAAAUGGCUGGCAAGAAACGGCGUGCCCCCAUUACCUUUGUUGGAGGCGCUUAAACAAAGACUGUAUAGGAAGGGAUUGGCGGGUACAGAGAUAGAAUUGAAAAUGAGGAGAUCCGCAGAGAAGUAUUGGGAUAGUGUUGUGAAAUCAUACGAUGAAGGGCCGGCGCCAGUGUAUAAAGGAGACGUUUGGAAAUUAUGUAGUGUACAACAAAUCAUCGAUCUCUGGCAAUAAUAAUAAAUGCAUAACAUUGACGCUUU